AUGGCUGCCUCGUUGCUCAUUGGUUUGGUCUUUUUGGCUGUUAAUGUUCUGAUGGUAGUGGUACUGGUGAUAUCUAACUCGGACUUCUGCGCCAGCGUUUUUGAAACUCAGACUGGUAAGUUGAAACCUGUGACUUUAUGGAACCGUUUCCAAAAUUUUGUCGUGUCUCUAGGCGCAAGCAAAAUACCGUUAUUUAACGUGGUUUGGUCUAGAGUAGACGGUUCCUUAUUGCAUCUUUUUAUUACUCGCCAUUUUAAAAACCAUUUCCUUUCCCCGACUAUAUCUGAUGUUAAACUCACAACUUUUAUCACUUUUUUUACCUCUGACGAUUCGUACUUGUAUCAAAUCGUAAUUUUGCAAGCGAGUUUACUUAUCUCUUUAUCGUAAAAGAUUAUAGAAUUGUUCAGCUAUAAAACUCAACUGAUUAAUGUUGUUCUAGGUUCAAUGUUAAACUCUACUGUUUUCUGCAUAUUCCUCUGUUUUUUGCUGUUUAUUCAUUACAAAUUAAUAUAUUGUGCUGUUUGUAGGAACAAAGAGAGUUGUCUGUUAUCAACGGGUUUCUGCAAAGCAGGCUUCCACCAAUGACUUUGAAAUGUUUCACGCCCUUUAUUACUUUUGAACUUAGUUCGACGCUUAGGCAAGUUUGACGUUUGUGACCCAGUAGUGAGUAGUCGAACUUAACUGAAGUAUGGUCGACCAAAAUAGCAAUUUAACUGGUCUCAUAAAAACUUCGACUUCUACCCCCAUCUAAAUUGCAAAACCAGCCGAGUGAUUUCUUAGUUUUCGAACCAAUGACAAUUAAGAUCCAAAAUACACAACAUAUCCGUUCUUGCUCCCCCUUUAAGUCGGUUAGGGCAGCUUUUUUAAAGUCUUGUCUGUGCUUUCUGUACCCGUACGGAGCCUGUAUUUGUUGCCAUCCAAAUUUACACUUUUCUUUUCAGUCUUUGAGACCUUUUUGCGAUUUCUUUCGCGACCUUUUCUAACUAUUUUGACGCACUUAAUAAGGUCCGAAGCCUCCCGUUUUUGAAACUCAGACUGGUAAGUUAACACCUGCCUCUUUAUAAAAUGUUUUUCGAGACCUUUUUCAAUAUCUCUGGGCAAAAUAUUUUUAUUUUACUAGUUUUAGUCUAAAGUAUAGUUUUUUAUUACAUCUUUUAAAUACUCACCAUGUUAAUAAAUCUAAGAUAACGAACUCGCACAAAAAAGCACUUUGAAAGCAUUUCCAUUAUUCCGAAUUAUCUCAUGCUAAAAUUAUUUAUAACUGUUAUCACUUUAUUUUUACUUCUGUCGAUUGUCACAUGUAUUUAAUUCCAAUUUAGCAAGCAAGAAUAUCUUUUAUCAUAAAAUGUACAGCUAAAUUCAAUGAAAAAAGGUAUGUCCUUGGUUCACUGAUGUUUUAACCCUACAGAUGGUUUCAUAUUCCUUCGUUUUUCGUAACUUUAUCUUUCAGACCAUAUUUUAGUUGAUCAUGUCAUGAAUACGUCUACUGUUGUUGACGAGUUUGAAUGUCACCAAAAAUGCCUCAAAAAUAACAGCUGCAAGUCAUUUAAUGUUCGUCCUAGUGCAGAUAUUGCAAAACGACUUUGUGAGCAGAACAACAAAACACGCAAGAUGACGCCGGAAAGCUUCAAAAAGAUGAAAGGCUCUUCUUAUUAUGGACCUGUUAAGGUCAGU